AGUUGAAUACGAGGAACAUGGAAUCGGACUGUAACGUCGUUUAUGUUGUUUCCAUGCGCAGUGAACGAUAUUUCGUCUGAAAUUAGGUAGCAAUAAUUGGCAGUAUUUACAAAAGACUUUAGAAACGCAAUUUAGAGAAGAAGUGAAGAAAAAGCAUGUCUAUCGAAAGUAACGGAAUUUCAGUGAUCAUCGAACUUGGAGGCGGGGCGGAAUUGCUCUUUGACAAAAGGAAAAAACACUCGGUGAACUUACCGGGAAGCGACUGGACUAUACAGAAGCUACUUUUUUGGAUGAAAGAUAACCUCUUGAAAGAACGACCGGAACUUUUCAUGCAGGACGACACCGUACGACCGGGAAUUUUGGUCCUCAUAAACGACACCGAUUGGGAGUUGUUGGGUGAGGGUAAUUACAAAAUAAACUCAGGCGACACGAUAAUGUUCAUAUCCACUUUACACGGAGGAUAAGACGCAAGAGAAAAACGGCAGCCCGAUGAAGAGGAAAUCAAAUAUGAUGGCACGCGAUCUGAUUCGAUUGCUGAGCGAAAUUGAUGCUUAUUUGUGUAAGGUGUGCGCGCACGUGCACAUUGUCAGAAAAUAAAAUGCUCAUUCGCACGACGUACGUCUGGGAUGUUCCAA